CCAAGCUCUCUUAUAUAUACAACCAUCCAGGAAAGACCCAGAACACACUAAAAAGGAAGAGAUCGAGAAAGAAAGAAAGAGUUCAGAGCAAAGAUGGUUCUGCUAGACAAGCUUUGGGAUGACAUAGUAGCUGGACCUCAGCCUGAACGUGGUCUCGGCAUGCUCAGGAAGGUCCCUCAGCCCUUGAACCUCAAAGAUGAGGGAGAGUCGAGCAAGAUCACGAUGCCGACGACGCCAACGACGCCGACGACGCCGGUGACCCCAACAACGCCGAUAUCGGCGCGCAAGGACAACGUAUGGAGGAGUGUGUUCCACCCAGGUAGCAACCUGUCUAGCAAGACGAUGGGAAACCAGGUGUUUGAUAGCCCACAGCCAAACUCUCCCACUGUCUAUGACUGGUACGUAUCACGGUCGAUCACUUCCAUAGUUCCAUCCAUGCAAACUAACAUGUAGAUCUAUGCACUAGUUUAUGGUUGAAGAUCUUGAUCGAUCUGGUGUUCAACGCCUUUGAUCUGGCUGUUGGGUUCAGAUGUGUACCAUAUUUUGAUCCAACGUUGUAGGUUUUGGCUUACUGAUCGGAUUUCUUAUUUGAUCAUUACAGGAUGUACAGUGGAGAGACGAGGAGCAAGCAUCAUCGUUAAGGUGACAAGCUAGCGACAAGUGAUGAGGAUCUAUCGAGGGUUGCAUGUAAAUAGUGUCGUUUUUCAUUUCAGUGUAUGCCACGUUGUUGGUUUCGGUGGAGUUUUGUGAAUAGGGUUCGUCGUUUUUCAUUUCCAACUAUCUAAACAGGCUUUGGUUUUGUGUUAAAGCACUUAAGCUCAGUGCCUAAUGAAGAGUAUGUUGUUGUAGUUGAGCUAGCUACUACACUACUUUUACCUUGCCAUAUAUGAUAUAUGGUUGAUUGGUCUUGUGUAAAAGCCAGAUUUACCGUGGUUUAGGGUGAUAAUCUGCUCUAGUAACUUCGUUAUUCAAUAAAAUAAUGUCUUUUUG